AUGUCUGAUAUUCAAGAUCAUUUGAACGUUCUCGUCGUUUGCGCUUCGGAGUUGGAGCUGCAGGCUGCGAUAGCAGUUCUAGAGAACGGAACGAACGCCAAGUUUCAAAACAAAUACAGCCAUGUCACCGAUCUCAGCAGGCUCAACGUCAGAGUGUGUGAAGGAUGGAAUUCUACAGAAAUAAGGGUGGGCGUGGUCGCACAAACCAAAAUUGGCGGGACAGAGAGUCAACUGUUGCUUUCCAAUCUCAAAGACUACUUCACGUCUACAGUAGCGGUGAUGACGGGGAUCUGCGCUGGAGAGGAGAACAAACAUGGUCACGUGGGGCACGGGUGUGUGUUCAUCGCCAGCCAGACAGCAGAGAUGGGAGGGAAGGUGGAAGAAGGUGGGCAUUUCGAGGCUGAAGCACAAUACUGUGAGCUCGACAAAGGUAUCCUCGCGUCAAUCAAUGAAUUGGUUCACGCGGAUUCUGAAGUCUGGUUGAAGUACAUUCCAGAGAACGCAGUUCGUCCGAGUCCUCGUUAUGUUCAACAACUCAUCCUAGACUUUGCGAUCAAGAGUGGACAGGAUGGCAUUAGCAAGAAAGAACUACUGGACAAAAUGGUGGACAAGAAAUUACCUGGAAUGACUACGAUGAAAGAUGUUAAGACUCGUGUCAUCUAUGAUGAAAUUCUGGACACGAUGUUAAAAUCGUCAACUCCUUGGGUUAGUGAAUCUCCAACAGCAAAAUAUAGGUACAUUGCUACUGACGAAGGAAAUAGGUAUGCAUCCAAUGAAGCUAGUUUUCUGCGUGAAGAUGAGAUCACAGCCAUCGUCGAUUCCAUGAUCUCAGUGCCACACAAGCAAAAUAACCUGAAGGCAGACUUGAGUGCUUACAAAAUACGCGUGGCAAACAGAAAGGUGAAAGCAGUAGACAUGGAAGCUUACUGGUUUAUGAAACAAGCCACUGACAGCUUUACAAGAAAGGGGGUACCAGGCAAAGCAGUUGUCAUAAAAGGCAUCUGUGGCUAUGGCUCAAGUGCAAGCAAAGGAGAUUAUUUUCAUGUGUAUGCUGCUAGCACGUCUGCUGCCUUUCUAAGGCACUUGAUGACAGAUAAGCAACAUCUUUUUGUUGAUGAGGAAUGUCACACGACUAAAAUUCAACCACAACAAGCACGUUUUCCGGUUGAACUGGAAAAAAGAAACUUUCCUGAUAUUUGUGGUCGAGACACAAUUAUUACUAAUUUGUCGUGCUAUUUUUGGGAAGAUCAUGGAAACGUAAAGGAUGUGGAAAAUAGAGAUUUUCGUUUGACGUGCAUUUGUGCUCAAGCGGGAGCGGGAAAGUCAUCUGUAGCAGCCAGCUAUGCAAGGAGGUACAAAAGGGCAUACGAUGGAGGCGUUUUCUUUAUCAUAUCAAGAACAAGCCCAUCUAUACGUUAUUCACUUUACAAAUAUAUGGUUCUUCUAAGUUGUGAGAAACAUGAUGUUGCAAGUCAAUCAUUGGAAGAAAUGAACGCGCGCUUUUUAGAUCUCGUCAGUAAACGUGGAAGCAAUGCUUUGUUGAUCUACGACAGCAGUGAUGACUUAGACGUCAUCCAACAACUUGUUCCUCCUUGCGACAUGAAAGUUCAUGUCAUCAUUACGACGAGAUGCAGAGAUCACAAGCUGAUGCGAGAAGGCAAUAUGAUUGAACUGCCAAAAUUGGAUGAAGACGCAGCCAUCGACUGUUUCUGCAGUUGGGCUGGAAAAUGCAAGGAUGACGGGAAGAUGUCAAAAAAGGAGUUGGAUGAGAUAAGAUGGAUAGUGACCGAUAGACAAGUGAAGCUACUGCCACUGGCCAUUCGACGUGUGGCAACAUUGACAAAGAAUACAAGGGUUACUUACAGAGAGAUGAUAGAAAAACUGUCAUUGCAGACCGUGCAAUAUUCAGUUGAUGAUUUAGAGGACAAAUUACAUGGUUGGGGACUGCAGCAUCUACAGCAGAAGCUAAAGAGUUCGGGUAUUACACGGAACGACCAAAUUUUAGCUGCCGACGUCGCCUCACUGGCAAAAUCUUGCGACAUUUGUACGAGUGAUGAAGAGAAGCUGAAGAAGAUGCAGGAAAGACUAAAAUUCGACAGGGAGGCACCGAUGGAAUGGGAUCUCGAUUUAGAGGAAGUGGCAAGAAGGUCCGAAAAUGCAGAGAAAAUUCUUCGUUUUACUUCUCUGAUGGCCACGAGCGCCAUUCCUACUGAUCUUAUUCGUGCAGCUGUUCAGCGUGACGGAGAGUCGAGGAUCGGAGGAAAUGAGUUUGAAUUGUCUCUACACUUGCUGUCCAACGACUUUUCUCUGCUCACGUGGAAUGACGAGGAACGCACGUGUGACAUUCAUGCGCUCGUUCAGCAGUCUGUUGUAAGCCACAUGAAGAGAAGAGACAAAUUGCUACCUUAUCUCAUUUGUUUGACAAAGUGUAUGCGAGACAUGUUACCAAAUUCUAGUGAUGACAUACAACGUAACCUCAACAACAGCAAGUUGAUUGCAUUGGUUCCACACGUGUACAGCGUUUGUGAUCACAUCUUGAAUUUGAAAUGUAUACGGCAAGAAUUUCUAGAGCUCUUAAAGGUUUCUUGUGAUUUAGCACAACAUUUGCACGAUAUUUCAACAGCCAAGCAUUUAGCAGAAGAAAAAUUGAAAAUUUGUUGUCGACUCGGCAUUCGUACUAUUAACGGUGCCAUUGAUAUGAGCGAGAGUCUAAUUGAUGUUGGUGGGGUGUACGCUCUAAUGCUUAGACCUGAGAUGGGGAAGCAAUACUUUAUAAAAGCCGUAAACGUGUUGGAAAUAUUUGGCGGCGGCAAUUCUCUUCCUACGGAAUUUGCUGUGGCUCUCGAUCAUUUAGCAUGUUGCUGCAGGCAAUUAAAAGAAUUUGAAGAAGCAGAGCGUCGGUUUAAAGAAGAAAUUCAAUUGGACAUAAAAUAUGGAGCAGACAAUGCGAGCAUUUCAGUUGGUGACAAGGUCGACAAAUCACAGUCAGCCUACGAGAAAGUGUUCUACUCCAAACAAAACGCGAGCAAAAUCGCCACCCGUUGGCUCGAGUACGAAGUUAAACAGCGUGGUAUCCAUAUCCACCACGCUCAAAGUCGCCACCGGGGCGAGCGUUGGAUUGAGGGUGUCCCCGUCGAUGGGAUAGCAGGUCGAAGCAUAUUCCAAUUCCACGGUUGCUGCUGGCACGGAUGCCCCAAACAUCAACCCGACAAAAGUUUGUACGGACAAACAUUCGGGCAAGAUCAAACCAUUCGAGACGCCGGAUUCGAUCUCGUGGUCGUUCGGGAGUGUGAGAUGCCCCAAACCGCCAAACAUCUCUCGAUUCCAGAACCGAAAAACGAAGCAUAUCCGCAUGCCAUCGUAUACGACUUUGAAGCCUAA